UCUUUAAAGAUUGGACCAGGACCACUACAUCCUUAAAUUUCCGUUUUCCGCUGGAUUGCCCUGCAACCAUCCCAGGUGAUGCCACCCCAAAGGCUUCCUGGGUGCCCGGCUGUGAAGGAGAAGGGCUGAACGCUGUCCUGCUCCUGGUUCCAGUUGCUCUCCAGUCCACCCUGCCCCCUCUUCCCCGUCCUUCAACUUCACACCUUCCACACUGCUUCCCUUGACCCACCACCAACUCUGCAACGCUAACUGUCUUCACCCAGACCCCGGUGCCUUCGUCACAAACAAUUAUACCCCCUGGCUGAGGGCCAAACCCAAUGGCUACAGGCGGUCAUGCCCCUGAGAUAGAUGUUUUGAUCAACCUGCAUCAGGUGAGGGACGAUGAGGGCAAUGAGGAAGAAUCACUGGCUGACCAGAACAAAGAUGAGGCGGAGGAGGAGGAUUGGGAGAAAGCACUGUCUGUCAAGUAUUUUGCUGACAUCAUCAGUGAAUCUGCAUCCAUCAGUGGCGACAGGAUGGGUCGAAACUACACAGAAAAAGAUUUUGAGUAUCACAGGCACACAAUUCAUCACAUCCACCACCCCCUCUCUACCCACUUGCCCGUACCCCAGCGCUUACGCAAGAGGGUGCACGGCACAGAGCGCAGACGCAAAAAGAAACGGAAGAAAAGAAAGACGUCUCUGCCACCCUCGGAGGUUACGCCCACCAUCCACGAGGUGGAUGAGGAGGAUGCUGAGUCGGAAAUAGACACGCAGGAGGCGGUUGCCGUGGCCGCCGAGUUACCACCCUGCAUUGAAGCACAGUUUAGUUUGGAGAGCCAAGAGCACUUGGAGGAAGCUCUUUCAAUCGCCACAGUCCACACAGAAAAUGAGGAGCAUCACCGGGCCCAGAAACGCACGCUCACUCUCAAGGGAGACCUACACAGUGGAGGAUAUGCCGUCAUUGAACACCACGAGGAGAAGGAAAAGGAGUCUAUGUCGAGCAACAGCAUCACCCCAGGAUGGGCGUCCCCAUCCACCACUGCAACUCAGAACUGGUUUUGUCGGAAGCCCACCCACCAUCGCGUGACAGGCGCCCAGCGGUGCAACUACGACCUGAGGGAGCGGAUUUGCAUUGGCAGCAUGACCGCAGUUGAGACUGCCGUUUAUCAUCAAGUGCCAACCGAUGAAGCUGAGGCCCAGAUGUUGGCCAGUGUUGAUUUGGAUGACAUGAAAAGUCACAGAUUUGAAGACAACCCCGGUGUGAGACGCCACUUAGUGAAGAAAUCAUCCCGAUUUCAGGUUGGCCGUAACAGCAACAGUUCCACUCCACUGUCCAGCCUUAAGAAGAAGAAACGAGCAUCGGACAAGAAGACUCACGAGUUGUUUGUAGAGCUCAAUGAGCUGAUUGUGGAGAAGGACCAUGAAAUGCGUUGGAAGGAGCGUGCCCGCUGGAUCAAGUUUGAGGAGGAUGUCGAGGAGGAGACUGACCGCUGGGGCAAACCUCACGUGGCUUCGCUCUCUUUUCGCAGUUUACUGGAGCUUCGCCGCACAAUCACGCAUGGGGCCAUCCUUCUGGACCUGGAGCAGAACUCUCUACCGGGAAUCGCCCAUUUGGUGGUGGAGACAAUGAUCAUCUCUGAUCAGAUUAGAGCGGAAGACAGAUCCUGCGUUCUCAGGGCCUUGCUGCUCAAACACAGUCAUCCAAGUGACAUGAAACAUCGUUUCCAUCGCUACCACUCAUCAAGCAGUCUUCACGGCAGUUCUAAUCACAACCAUGUCCAGGACACCAGCCUGCCCCUUGUAACCGAAGAAUUGGAAGAACACCAGGAUGGCAAAGGACCCUUAUACGACCCCAAACAAGAUGUCUUUGUCAGCCUCUUUAAAUCUGUCCACCCUGUAUCUCCGGAGAGUCAUCCGGCGGCAGCCAGAUCUUUGAAACUCCUCGCCAAGAUACCAAGAGAUGCCGAAGCUGUCAUUGUUUUAGUUGGCUGCGUUGAAUUCCUGGAGCAGCCAGCCAUGGCCUUCGUAAGGCUAAACGAGGCCGUGCUUCUGCAGUCGGUGUUGGAGGUCCCGGUUCCCGUUCGCUUUAUUUUUGUCCUGCUUGGUCCCAGUCAGUCCAACGUGGACUACCAUGAGAUUGGACGUUCCUUCUCAACUCUUAUGUCUGACAAGAACUUCCACGAGGUGGCUUAUUUCGCCGACAACAGACAGGACCUACUAAAUGGUAUCAACGAAUUUCUGGACUGCAGUAUUGUUAUUCCACCAUCAGACGUGGCGGGCAAAGACCUCCUGAAGACAGUCGCUGACUUCCAGAAACAGAUGCUGCGCAAGCGUAAGGAAAGGGAGCUGAAGAAGCACCAUUCUUCAUCUGGCAUGGAGCAGAACAACAGAGAUAUGACUCAAGAGGAGGAGGAGGAAGGAGACCAAGAGAUUGACCCAUUAAAGCGUUCAGGGAUCCCUUUCGGAGGACUGAUUCAUGACAUCCGGCGCCGCUACCCGAACUACGUCAGUGACUUGAAAGAUGCCGUGGACAUGCAAUGCGUCGCUGCUGUUAUCUUCAUUUACUUUGCUGCACUGUCACCCACCAUAACCUUUGGUGGUUUGUUAGGGGAGAAAACAGAGGGCAUGAUGGGAGUGACUGAGCUUAUUGUUUCAACGGCAACACUCGGAGUUAUAUUCUCACUACUAGGUGGUCAGCCUCUUCUCAUCAUCGGAUUCUCUGGGCCCUUACUGGUGUUUGAGGAAGCAUUCUACAAGUUCUGUCAGGCCUACGAUUUUGAGUACCUUACUGGUCGAGUGUGGAUUGGGUUCUGGCUCAUCUUCAUUGUCCUGCUGAUUGUGGCGGCGGAGGGCAGCUUUCUUGUUCGCUUCAUCUCACCCUUUACUCAAGAGAUAUUUGCUUUCCUGAUCUCCCUCAUUUUCAUCUAUGAGACCUUCUCGAAGCUCAUCAAGGUGUUUCAAGAACAUCCGUUGAUGGCAUGGUACCCCGGUGAUGCCACCCCUCCGUCUGAGCUUCAGGACAUCCAGAACCAACCCAACACUGCACUGAUGUCUCUCAUCCUUAUGAUGGGCACUUUCUUUGUGGCUUUCUUCCUCAGAAAGUUCAGAAACAGUCGAUUUUUAGGUGGCAAGGCAAGAAGAAUCAUUGGGGACUUUGGUAUUCCUAUUUCAAUUUUAGUUUCUGUGUUGGUGGAUUACUCCAUCACUGACACUUACACACAGAAGCUCGAUGUGCCAUCUGGAUUUUCAGUCACUUCCCCUAACAAAAGGGGUUGGUUCAUCAGUCCCUUUGGUGACAAGCGGCCCUUUCCCACCUGGAUGAUGGGAGCAUCCAUUGUACCCGCCCUUCUUGUAUUCAUCCUCAUUUUUAUGGAAACUCAGAUUACCUCGCUGAUUGUCAGUAAGAAGGAGCGUCGCCUGGUGAAAGGCUCAGGAUUCCACCUGGACUUGCUGCUCAUCGUCAUUCUCGGAGCUUUUUGUCCACUCUUCGGCCUGCCGUGGCUCACGGCGGCCACAGUGCGCUCGGUCACUCACGUCAAUGCCCUCACUGUCAUGAGCAAAGCCACAGCUCCCGGAGAGAAGCCCAUGAUCCAGGAAGUGAAAGAGCAGAGACUGACGGGGCUUCUUGUUGCCGUGCUUGUUGGAAUGUCCAUUGUGAUGACCGAUGUGCUGCGCCUCAUCCCUCUGGCUGUGCUAUUUGGGAUCUUCUUGUACAUGGGGGUCACAUCUUUGACGGGGAUCCAGUUGUAUGAACGCAUCACUCUCAUGGUCACACCGGCAAAGCACCACCCCGAUCACAUUUACGUCACCAAGGUGAAGACCUGGCGUAUGAACAUGUUCACCCUCAUCCAGCUGGGGUGCAUUGUGGCCCUGUGGGUCGUGAAGUCCACCGCCGCUUCCCUGGCAUUCCCCUUUGUCCUCAUCAUGACGGUGCCGUUGCGCCGCGUCAUCCUCUCCAGGAUUUUUGAGGAACGUGAGCUCCAGGCGCUGGAUUGCGAUGAAGACUCACCCAACUUUGAUGAAGACGGACGGGAUGAGUACAACGAGAUUCACAUGCUUGUAUAAAGUCGAACUUGCCUAGAAGCCCUCAUCUUCUUCAUGCUCUUGACCUCUUGAGACUCAACAAGACAAGAGUCAUCGGGCAAAACAUUAUUAAAUGUGUUACAUUAAUAGAUCAAUAAUAUAUAUUUUUUCUUUGAGUAAAAAAAACAAAAAAAAUGUAUAAUCUAAAUGUAUGGGCCUCGUAAAGGUGGUAUGGUUUUAACUUCCCUGAAAGUGUUUGUGAGUCCCUUAGCUGAAGUCAAUGAAAAUGACAAUGAAAAUGUCUAUCCCUUUAAUUACGCUGCAGGCUUUGGGCAUAUGUGCAAUUUAAUGGUCACCUCUUAAACAACACUAAGAGGUUGGUGGAUGAAUGCGC